GACCUCACUCCAUUUCGCAGUCCAUGACCAAGUGAAGCUCUCGCCGUCUCGCGGAGACGCCACCAUGGCGAGGGCGGCGAGGGGGAAGGCGCCGAGGCCGAGGCCGAGGCCGCCGCGCGGGCUGGCGGCGAGCCUCCGGCGGCUCCUCGCCGGGGCCGGCGGCGGGCUGGGCGUCGCGGCGGCGGCGUACGUCGGGGUGGACUACCUGCGGUACCUCUCCCCGGCGUGGCACGGGCGGCUGAUGCCGGCGCUGUGGGCGGCGCUGGCGCUCGCCGCCGCGGCGCGGGCGCCGUUCUACCGCCACUGGUCCGCCGAGCUCCGCGCCGCGCUGCCCUUUCUCGGCUCCAUCGCCUUCAUGCUCGGGGCCUUCCUCUGCGAGGCCGUCUCCGUCCGCUUCGUCUCCGCCGUGAUGGGGCUCCAGUGGCACAGAUCUGCUGCUCCACUUCCUGACACUGGGCAAUGGCUGCUUCUAGCAUUGAACGAGAAGCUUCCUCAAAGUGUGGUUGAUCUACUGAGAGCCCAUGUUAUCACUCUUCACCAUUACUUGAUGUUGUUUAUCAUGCUGGGUUUCUCAGUGCUCUUUGGCUGCAUCAAAGCUCCUGGUCUUGGAAUAGCCACAAGAUAUAUGUUCACUAUGGCAAUUGGUCGUUUGCUUCGGACGAUGACGUUUGUGGCCACAAUUCUUCCAUCUGCAAGACCAUGGUGUGCUGCAGCUCGGUAUCAAAUACCCGGCCAUCCUCAUCCUUGGGCACAAAAAUAUUAUGUUCCAUAUGCUUCAGACUCAGAUGCUAUCCGUAGGGUCAUACGAGAUGAUGUGGCCUAUGCUGCUGUUCAAUCUUACCCUGGUGAGUAUAGGCCUGACUGGGGUCGAAUGAGCUUCCUAGUAGACAUUUUGAGGCCAACUCCUGGAGAGGGACCUUCAUGGUACCAUCUACUGAAGAAAGCUAGUGGUGGUUGCAAUGAUCUUAUGUACAGUGGGCACAUGCUUGUUGCUGUUCUUACUGCAAUGGCGUGGACGGAAGCAUACGGGGGCUGGAUCUCCGUCGCAAUAUGGCUUCUUGUCCUGCAUAGCGCGCAAAGGGAGAUACGAGAACGCCAUCACUACACCGUGGAUUGUGUCGUGGCGAUCUACGUCGGCAUACUCCUGUGGAGGAUGACGAGGUUCAUCUGGUCUGCCAGAGACGCCAGCCGAGCUAGAAGGCUCGCCAAACUCGAUGAGGUUCAUAACAGGCUAAUCCAUGCGGCGAAGGACUCGGACGUCGAUGAGAUCAGAGGCCUGCUGAAAGAGGUUGAGCUGGCCGGCCAAGAAAAGCAGGGCGUCUCUCAGAGGGCCAUCCUGGCCUUCGCCGCGGCUACGAUCAUUUUCACCCUGACCUGUGUUGUCCUUGCCUUGACAUUAACCAGCGACGGGUGAUUUCAGCUACUAGCUUUCUUGGAAUCCUCUGAAUGUCAACCCCCUUUUUCCAGGGUUAUAGUGUUGUUUCUCUAGAUUCAGAUCCUUGAGUGUUGCUUGUUGUAGGAUGCAUGGUUUUAACAGAGAUGUAACUUGAGCUGAGUGAGUGCCGACAGGAUUCAGAGUUUCAGACCGAUGGCGUAUGUUUUGGGCGAAAGUAGCUUUUUGCAGCUGUAUGGAGAAUCUGGUUGUUCUAUCAUAUGAUGCCUGAAAUGUGACCACUCUGCCUUGCUCUUU